AUGGUCGAAGUCUACACUGCGGCUUGCAACACAGGUUGUUUGACAGACGAAGAACAGGAUAGCAAAACGUCGUUUCCUGGGAUUUGCCAAGAACAACCUUUGCUCUUGAGUGCUAUGAGCAAGCCGCAGCCAAACGCUCAGACUUUCAUGGUGGCGCUCAAGGCACGCGGCAACUUAGCAGAGAAGAGGCUCCACUCGCAGAUCCGGGAGAGAAAUCUGGACGGAAUCCACUACUUGCGUACUUGCUCAGUGUGGACACAUGCCUGCUGCUCGAGAAGUUUUCUGCCCCAAGUUCAGAAGUACUCUGGUGUCGCUGUCACAAUGACACACUUCUUCUUGCACUACUCAUUUGGAGUAAUUGGAGAGUGCCCUACAAAGAACGAAGAUCACGAUCGCCACCAUAGCCACUCACAAACGGCUCAUGGGAAUUUAAGAGGUCGGGUACAACCCAUUGCUGUGUCGCCAAUCCCAGUCGAGGAGGUGUUGGAGAGCACCGAGAAUUUCGACCAGAGCCGUCUCAUUGGAGAGGGCUCGUAUGGUCGAGUUUAUCUUGCAAAGCUGCGCAAUGGGCAGUCCGUGGCUCUCAAGAAGCUCGAUUCGAGCCCGCAACCGCAUGAGGACUUCGUCUCUCAGGUGUCAAGGCAGUCGAGGCUCAAACACGAGAAUAUGGUGGAGCUCCUUGGAUACUGCAUUGACGGCCCUCUGCGUGUUCUCGCGUUUGAGUUCGCGGAGAUGGGAUCUCUCCAUGAUAUUCUUCACGGCAGGAAAGGUGUGCUUGGAUCGAGGCCAGGGCCUGUGCUGGACUGGAUGCAAAGAGUAAAGAUUGCGGUUGGAGCGGCCAGAGGGCUAGAGUAUUUGCACGAGAAGGCCCAGCCACCAGUCGUCCACCGAGACAUCAAGUCGAGCAACGUCUUGCUGUUCGAGAACUACGCAGCUAAGAUUGGAGACUACAACCCGAGCAACCAGGCACCGGACAUGGCUUCACGGCUGCAUUCGACUCGGGUUCUGGGAUCAUUCGGCUACCACGCACCAGAGUAUGCGAUGACCGGGCAAUUAACUCAGAAGAGCGAUGUCUACAGCUUUGGAGUUGUUCUUCUGGAGCUUCUCACGGGAAGGAGGCCAGUUGAUCCUUCAAUGCCUCGGGGCCAGCAAAGUCUGGUGACAUGGGCAACGCCGAGGCUGACCGAAGACAAAGUGACGCAGUGCGCGGAUCCAAAUCUCAAGGGAGAGUACCCUCCUAAAGGCCUGGCCAAAUUUGCUGCAGUUGCUGCCUUGUGUGUCCAAUACGAAGCCGACUUCCGGCCAAGCAUGAGCAUUGUGGUCAAGGCUCUCCAGCCACUUCUAGGCCCUCGCACCGCUCCACCACCUUCGCUUGCUCUAGACGACACUCUCAAUCGUUUCGUCUAA